AACUCUCCAGUCACAGAGAACAGGUUUACGAGGCAAGACCAACGAAGAUUUUAAAGAAAAUUGUAGACUAAAAAAAUGCUUGGAUUCUAUAAAACCCUGAGGUUUGGGGCUGCAGUGGUUCUCGCUGUGCUGGCUGUGGUAAGGUCGACCCCAGUGGUGGGACCUGAACCCAUCCGCUGUUCCCCCUGCACGCAACAGAAGCUGAACAACUGUCCUGCAGUCCCACUGGAUUGCAAGCAAGUGCUGAGAGAACCCGGCUGCGGCUGCUGCAUGACCUGCGCACUUGAGAAAGGUGCUUCCUGUGGCGUUCACACAGCCCACUGUGGCGAGGGCCUCCACUGCACUCCCAGGCCAGGUGAGGCCAGACCACUCCACGCUCUGAUCAGAGGACAGGGAAUCUGCACUGAAGACUUGGGCCAAGGUAGCUUCAGUGAUUCUUUCAUUUAUGCUAUUUUUUUUUCCCACAUUACAAUUAGGAUUUUAUUUUACAAUGAACAUUUUUUCAAAAUCUCUACAGGGGAGGGUGACGAAGUCCCGGAUCAUGGCUCCCUGCACUACUUGUUGGGACUUAAUCUUCCUUCUGAUCCCCAAGAUCCUGCUGAGGGUCAGGAGAGCAUCAAAGCCAAGGUCAACGCCAUCCGCAACAAACUGGUGCAGCAGGGUCCCUGUCACGUUGAGCUGCACGCAGCACUGGACAGGAUAGCCAGCUCUCAACAGUUACUAGGCGACAAGUUCACAACCUUUUACCUCCCCAACUGUGACAAGCAUGGCUUCUACAAGGCCAAGCAGUGCGAGUCGUCUCUGGUCGGGCCCCCGGCUCGUUGCUGGUGUGUCUCGUCGUGGAACGGGAAGAAGCUCCCAGAAUCCAGCGACAUUCUUGGCGAUGCAGAGUGCCAUCAAGAGGUCACUCACUGAGGGAUGGACUCACUCAUAAACGCACAAAAACACACGUUUUGUUCAGACUGAAAAAAAGUUCCUUAACUUUAAACAAACUACUCUCAGACAUCUAAAAGAACAAAACUUUAAAGAAAUAUGUCCUCCUGCUUUAUUUACAACUGACGUCUGUAUCAUAAUCUUAUUU